CUCAGCUCGGUAACUCCACGCACCGAAACUUGGACUGGAGGUCCGAAACUACUCAAAGUCCGGAUUGAAUUCACUUUAAUCAAUUGGACUUCAGACGCACUGCCUCAUAAGUCCCUGCAGGACAAUACGGACCCGGUUUUAGGAGUUUGAAGAGAUUUUCGAGCUGGUUUUUGGUGUUUUUUUAAGAGUCGGAGCGUCUUAUUUGCUGCUUUGUUUGUGGAUCGAAGUGAGUUUUCAGGAGGUCCCAGGAGGCCCCCGGUGCUCUCAGGAGGUCCCAGGCGGUCCCAGGCGGUCCCAGGUGUCCCCAGGUUUCGGUGUCUCCAGGACGAACCCUCCCCAGGCUCGGAGAUGUCUGCAGAUCGCUCCUCCGUCUCCUCCAUCUCCUCCAUCUCCCUGAUGGAGGUGAAGGCCGAGACUCACCUGGUCCUCCAGGCGUUCCUCCAUCGCGCCGUGUCCAUCCCUCUGCACGACCGGCCCGGCAGGGUGGGAGGAGCCUACAGCGACCACAACAAGUACAGCGCGAAGCCUCAGCCCAAAACCCCGGAGCAGAGGGAGUCGCCGGCCGAAGACGUGAGCUCGGCGGACGAGAAGAAGAUGGGAUUCAAAGACCUGAUCAAGCAGCUUCCUCUUCGGAACCAGUCACGACGCUCCUCCAAAGAGCCCAGAGGCUCGCUGGACCGGAACGGCCGGGUGAAGCCGUCUCACCUCAGGGACCUGUCAGAAGACGACCUCAAAUCGCCUUCGUCCACAUCGGAAGAGGACGAGAGCGACAAGAAGCAGCAGAAGAAGCGCAGCCAGAAGACGUUCAAGAAGAGGAUUUCCAAGAUCUUCAAGUUGAGGUUGGAGAAGGAGAAGGAGAAGGAGAAGGAGAAGAAGGAGGCUGGACCUGGUCCUCAGAGGCCGUCCACUCUGCCCAUCGACAGGGAGACAGACAACACGCCGCCCGUCCUCUCUCCCAAUCAUCCUCCAGAGUUCUAUGACGAGGUGGCCGAGAAGCUGGAAAUGAUCGCCCAGAAGUCCACGAGUCUGAAGAGACCGAGUCCCUCACCACAGCCGUUAGCAGCCGGGCAGAAAGAGGCCGUGGUGCAGCAGCUGGUUCAGGUUCUCUCUCUGGAGGGCGACGCCAUCAACGACAAGAUCCAGUCCGACUCCUUCCUGCGCUCCAGCCUGGCCCGGCUCUCCUAUCCGUCCUUCGCCAAGCUCCUGGACACGUUCGGCAGCAUCCAGGUCCCGGAGGCGCCGGUCCCGCCGGCGGCGGCCAGCCCCACGCUGCGGCGGAUGGCCGUCACCAUGGAGGUGUCGCGGCGCAUCGUGACGGCCACAGGAACGCAGCGCAUGCAGGGCUACGCCGAGUGCUACAUGGAGAACUUCGCGCCGUGGCUCAAGCGCAACGGGGGCUGGGAGAACGCCGUGCUGGAGGAGCCGCUGGAGUACGACUGACCUCAAACCCUGAACUCUGAACCGACACCACGUGAAGAGAGGCGGGCGCAACGGAACCAAUGAAGAAGAAGAAGUUGUGUCAGUCAGACGGAGUCGGACCUGGUCGUGAACCAGGUUCAGGUCAAGACAGCCAACAUGAACUGUUGGAGGUUCUCUGUGCGGUCCAGUGGAGGAGCAGGCAGCUUGUUCACCUUUAUGUUUUUACACUACAUUUUCAACACUUUCACUUUAUACUUGAGCGUCAGUACCUGAGACGUCUGAAGGAAGUAGAGCGUUAGCGACUGGAGGCCUCGCGUCACCGUUACAGUCUGUAGGACGGAACUCAUCCUACUCCGCACUCCGUCAGUCCUCCUGCGCCUCCUGCCGGAGUCCAAAUCCCCCCUUUAAAACCGUGCAAACGUACCAAAAACAUGAAGUUUCAACACAUUUUAAUAAUGUAUUUUCUUUUCUAUUUUAAUCAGUGUGCCCUUUUAGUAUGCUAAUGCUACCUCGCAUACAGUAAGAGAGCUUAGAGCUGCUCAGUGGAUGCAGGAGGAUUGUACCUGGAGCUGUGCUACGUGCUAAAUAGCUUCAGGGCUCACUAACCCACGAUGCUACAUGCUACAUGCUAAAGAGUUUCAAAGCUCACACACCCACGACGCUACAUGCUAGGGGUGUUAACAUUUACAUUUUCUUCUACAUGUGUAGCCGGGACUCCUAGCCGACGCGCGACUGGUUACACUUUAAGAGAUUUGUGAUCUUUCUCUAUCUCAGUUGCGCUAAAUGACCACUAGAGGGUUCCAUCUCCGCUGAAAUACCUCAUAAUCUCAUUAAAUCAAAGCCAUUCCAGUAGUUAUCGGACCAAAGGGCCACCAUUUCAGCUAUUAAUUUUGCUGAUAUGUUCACUACACGUUUUGUCAGAUUUCUUCGAUUUGUUGUUUGUAAAAUCCCUCAUGCUAGCUCGUGAACUGCUAGCGGUAGUGGGAGCGCCUGUCCCAUUCCGUCCAGGACACGCAGUGUUUUAUUCUCUUCCACCAUCCCAGAACUGGAGAUUACAUCUUGCCUGGUGAUUUCCGCAUAAUGUUUGACCCCCGUGUGGUACAGAGUGGUAUUACACCAUCCGUUCAGCACAUUCAAUGCUCCGCAAAUUUAAAAAAAAAAAGUAAAAAAAUUUAAUCAUGGUUAUAAAAUUGCGUCAAAUGUCAUUAACUCUUCAUGGGCAGCGUGAGGAAAACCAAAAGAAUGUA